AGGCUCCACGUUGCGAUUACCAGUAUAGUGCAGAUAAAGAUGCCGAAAAGAAGUCACAGCCGUCAUCGCCGGGAUUCUCCUCGCCGAUCGCCCACACCUGACCGAACCCACCAACGACAUGAUGAACGAGCGGAAAGCUGCAGGUGCCUCGAAUGCGAUAAGUCAUUUGGGGCCAAGUCAGCAUUGGCAAGGCACAUGGCCGAACAACACCAACCACGUGAUCGGUUCCCCUGUCCGUUUUGCGACAUAAUCUACGGCCGGAAAAACGACUUGGCGAGGCACAUCCGACGGGCUCACACAGGCAAUCUUGAUGCAGGCAACCAGUCGCCGGUAUCAGUCAGCAACUCCCCCAAAGCUCCCAAGACGCCCGAGAUCUCCAAGACGCCCGAGAAGAAGUCCGGACCGUGCCUGGAAUUACACCCGUCUCCAGAUGACGUGAGGCGUUUGGCUUCGCCACAACGUGCAACAUCCUUAAGGAGAGUUCUCAUACCCCCAAGUUCUGCAACGGUUUCAGGCCAAUCAGAUGAGGCAACAGGAAAGCUCGUCAAGCGGAGGCGCAUUUUCGACCUCUACGAUGAGGAUUCCUUGAUCGCGAGGAUUACUUCGGAGGAAUUCUUUCAGGAGUAGGACAUGGUGGUCCACUUAUAGUUUUAACUGUUCUUGUUGUUUUUUAGAACCUUAACUUGUUAAUGGC